AUGACCAAGGCCACCGAGGCGGGCGACGAGGAAGAGAGGGGGAGCAAGGCUAGGGGCGAGGUGCAAAGGCUCAAGGCUAAGCGUGUGGUGGCGGCGGUAGGAGGCAAGCGCAUGGUCCGAGUCCGCAAGGCGGCGGCGACGCGUGCGAGCAAGGCGGGCGAGCAUGACGCUGGUCGGGUCCUGGCCACCCAGAGCUCCAUCCGUGGACCGGUCUACCGGUUUUCUCCGGUAGUUGCCAUGGUGGCCAAGGACUAUCGGGUGCCAGAUGACCCAGACAAUGGGCACAAGCUCGCCUUUCGGUUCCUUAAUACUGAGACUCGCAUCAUUCGGUCGACGCUCAUGCUGCAUGGCUAUCACUGCAUCGAGACAAAGAGCCAGGCACCGAGCGGACGCGUGGUGAGCGGGCGGGCGGCGGGAGGGCGAGCGGCGUCGAGAUCGGACACGGAUGUGGAGCAGAUCUGUGCUGCUAGAGGGUCGGGCGCCGCCGCAAGGUCGGGCCCAGGCGUGAGGCCGGGCACCGGCGCAGCACCGCCGCUGCCGCCGCUGCCCAAGGCCAAGACGACGUGGUCGCUGCAGUGGAGCGGGUGCCACAUCCGGCCGGGUGCGAUGCGACGAAUGGCUUCGUACCAGCGGAUCAACCACUUUCCACGAGCGUUUGAGGUCACGCGCAAGGACCGUUUGUAUCACAACGUGGCGCGGAUGGCAGCGCGGUUUGGUGAGUCGUACGGGUUCAUGCCUGCGACCUUUGCGCUGCCGCGCGAGCUUGAUGCGUUUACGGCGCACUAUCGGGCGCAACGGCGGCGGCGGAUGUUUAUUGUCAAGCCAACAACGCUCUCGCGCGGGCGCGGGAUUUUCCUGGUCUCGGACUUGCGGCAGGUUGAUGCUGCGGUGCUCGAGCACGCGUGUGUGGCGUCCGAGUACAUCGCCAACCCGUACCUCAUUGACGGGCUCAAGUUUGAUCUCAGAAUCUACGUCGUUGUCACCUCGUACUCGCCACUGCGGGUGUAUGUGUACGAGGAGGGCCUCGCACGGUUCUGCACCGAGCAGUACUCUGCGGAUCCGGCGCAGUGCGACAAUUUGUUCAUGCAUCUCACCAACUACUCGGUCAACAAGUCGUCUGCCAAGUUUGUGGCCAACACCUCAGCGGCCGCUGAUGGAGUCGGGUCCAAGUGGUCGCUUUCGGCGCUGUACGCGCGGCUGGCAGCUGACAGGGUUGAUGUUGACGCCGUGGCAAGUGCGAUCGACGACCUCAUUGUCAAGACGUUUGUGGCGGUCGAGGGGCCGAUGGGCAACGCCGAACGCUCCUUUGUCCCGCACGUCGGCAACUGCUUCGAGCUGUAUGGCCUCGACAUCCUGCUUGAUGAGGGGCUCAAGCCGUGGCUCAUUGAGGUCAACCUCACGCCGUCGCUCGCCUGCGGCUCGCCGCUCGAUCUUAAGAUCAAGGGCGAGCUGGUGGCAGACAUGUUCAACCUCGUCGGGUUUGUCGACCCCAAAGCCGCCAAAUCGAUGCGUCCUCCGGCGGCGGCGUGUGACGUGACCCACGCGGCGCUCGAGGCACUCCUCGCGGACGAGUUCGCCCGCGCCGCAACAACUUCCUUUCGCAUUCUUUACCCAGCCGCCGACGCGCCGUCGUACGUCAAAUUCUUUGACGACAAGUCAACGGCGGUGCCGUCGCGGGUUGUCCGCGCGCUGUGGCGCAGGCCCGGCGAGCUUCGGGUCCUCGAACCGCCAUCGGCCGCGGUAGUAGAGACCGAGCUGACCAAGCCGAUGCGGUCAGCGGCGGCACGCCCGGCGACGGCACGCUCGCCAGCAAGGUCCAGAGCAAAACGUUGCUCCGAGUCCACGAGCGGGCGGGACGGUGGCCGGCCGCAGUCAGCCAAAUCGACGCGGGCCAGCGGCGAGCGGUUGCGCGUCAAGCAGCUGCUGGCCUUUCCGGGCCCACUGCUCUCGAUCCUCCAGGCACGGCGGACGUUCCAGGCGUAUCUGGCUCGGCUCAGGGCGCGGCUGGAGAGCAUGCUCGCGAGCGAGCCGCUCGACGUGGCAGGGGUGGCGGGCCAGACCAAUCUCAUCCACCGGUUUCUCCAGCGGACGGCAAGUGGAGGUGUGCCGGUCCUGCGUCAGCUGCCGUCGGUGGAUGCGCUGAUGGCCGACGCGGCGGAUGCGCUGGCGGCACUGUCGGAGUUUGGCGCGCGGUACGCGUCAGAGACGACACGGCUGAGCGCGACGCCGGAUGAGGUCGCUGCCCUCGGCAAGAGUCUUCUCAAGCCGAGCACCGGUGGAGGUAGCGCCAAGGGCGAACGCAAGAACGGACGCAAGUCCAAAUCGCGGAUGUCGGAUAAGCUCUUUGACCGCAUCGAGGCAACAGCGACCGAGGCUGAGCUCGAAAUGCUCCUCACCCGGUUCACCGAACACGCCACGUCGGCUUCACUCUUUCUUGGUGGGUGAAGGAGCGGUUGGCAGCGAGUGAACGAGGUCCUGCACAAGCGAGACAAGCGGCGCGACAACAGCACCGCCGAUAAAGGCUGC